ACAAGUAGGCCCACCUUUCAGUUUCAGCCACAGCCACAGCCACAGCCACAGGCCGAUUGGUACUAAUCCAUAAGACAACGAUCAUGCACAGUAGUACACCACACUACUGGUUAUAAAAUGGGGGAUGGGCAACUUGCUCUUGGCAAAACGAGAAGGUCGGCAAACAAAAGCAGUAGCAACAAUGGAGAGGCGUAGGGGCGUCAGCGCGAGCCUUGUUCUUGGCCUCCUGCUCGUCACCACCAUUGCUUGCCAUGGUGCGAGGGACAUCCCGGCAACUGAGCCCACCGAGCCCUACCGUCCCCAGAACGUCUUUGGGUUCGGUGGCUUCUACCCUGGCCCGUCGGUCAGCUGGGUGUUUCCAGGGCCAAACGGCGUCACGCCACAGGUAGGCUUCGGCGGGAUGCCGGGCUCUGCUUCCUUCCCUGGCACUGGUGGCUCGCCCUUGACGCCCGGUGGCACUGGUGUGGUCGGCGUUCAUGCUGCUGCCAAUCCCUGACUGUGUUGUUGUCUGUCUUGGUGUCUUGAUGUUUAAGCCUUUGCUCUUUAGAGCAUGCUACUGUGGUAGUGGCAUAAGCUUCUUGCUUUGCUCUAGUGUAGUGUUGUGUUAUGUGUCACGCGUGCUGUUCACAAGUGAUCUGUGUGUCCUGUGUCUGUGCACACACUAGUUCUUGGCUGUCAUUUAACCUUGUAUUUAAACCUUGUGUACUUCUUA